CCAAUUGUUUUAUUGUGCUUUGUAUUACCUGUAUGUGUGAAUGUGCAACGCUUCUCCCAAAGAUUCCACAUCCAAGUAGCAAGGGCAGCAAGCAGCAACAAAACGCUUGGUAGCGGUAGUGGUGGCUAUUGACAUCAGCUGCCUGUUCAUUUAAUCGCCAACUGCUGACGACAUCGGAGGUGUUUUUUGGACGCAAGUGAAAGAGCAAUAAAAUCUGUGAAAAUCUAUAAACUGUGUUUUUGAUUGCCGGAAACAGUACCAUGAAGCUGUAUUUGGGAUUAUGUCUGGUGGCGCUUGCGGCCGGCAUUGUGGUGGCUGACGAAAGCAAGGGACCCAAAGUAACCGAUAAGGUCUUCUUUGAUAUUACCAUUGGUGGUGUACCAGCUGGACGUAUUGAGAUCGGUCUUUUCGGCAAAACAGUGGAGAAAACCGCUCGUAAUUUCAAAGAGCUAGCUGAGAAGCCAGAAGGCGAAGGCUACAAGGGCAGCAAAUUCCAUCGCGUCAUUAAGGACUUCAUGAUCCAAGGUGGUGAUUUCACCAAGGGUGAUGGCACUGGCGGUCGUUCCAUCUACGGUGAACGUUUCGCUGACGAGAACUUCAAACUGAAGCAUUAUGGCGCUGGUUGGUUGAGCAUGGCCAACGCUGGCAAGGAUACCAAUGGUUCACAGUUCUUCAUUACCACCAAACCAACUUCCUGGUUGGAUGGCCGCCACGUUGUCUUCGGCAAAGUUUUGUCCGGCAUGAGCGUUGUACGCAAGAUUGAGGGUAGCGAAACCGAUGGCCGUGAUCGUCCAGUUAAGGAUGUUGUGAUCGCUAACAGCGGUUCCAUUCCUGUGGAUGAGCCCUUCGCCGUGGCAAAGGCUGAUGCUACCGAUUAAAUGCUAUUAAGCGCAGCUAAUACAAAUACACACACACACACAAACUUGCAUUAGGCACAUUCAGUGGAGAUUACAAGUACUGAGUUAGCUGAGACGCGUGAAUGUAGUUGGCGAGAUAAAUGUUAACAUUUGCAUAUUGCGAAAGUUGAAUAUAUACAUACAUAUAUAAAUACUAUUAAGAAAUGAAAAGCAAUUUUAUUAGUGUUAUAAACAAAUGAGAAAAAAACGAAAACAAGAGUUAAGAGUUUAAAUAAUGAAAAUAUAAUAAACUUGAAUUUUUCCAAACACUUUGAGAUUCACAGCAGUAAUUUCGCAAUAGUUGAUAAUUCCUUAUUGCAGAAACGAUAAAUUGCAUUUAUUACAUUGUACUAACAUUUAAUGAUUCAUCAGCAUAAUUAAAUUUUAAAACAUACGAAAAACAAA